AUGGUUGCAGGGGGUGUGGCAAACUUUUCGAAGGUGAAGUCUCUAAUAUCUAUCAUUGCGGUACGUGCAAGUUUUUCAGCAUGCACAAAAGAUGUGCUGACCUACCUCGAGAAAUUUUCCACCCCAAACACUCCCAACACCCUCUCACCCUCCAUGGAAAACCACCUUAUCCAUCUUCGGCUUGCUUGUGUAAUGUCUGUGGAAAAAGGAGAAAAAUUUUCACCUAUGAUUGUUAUUUGUGCGUGUUCAACGUCUGCUAAUCUUGUGCCUUCGUGGGCACCAUCGAAACACCCAAGUCACAUGCACUAUUUGACCAUGUUACGGAGGCCAUCCUUGUUUCAUUGUGAUGCCUACGGCAUGAAGGCUAAAGAAGAAUCCUAUGUAUGCAUCCCAUGUGAUUUCUGGAUCCACGUGACUUGUGCUUUGUCACUAAGAGUUCUUGCACUUGAUGAUCACGAGCAUCUUCUCACGCUUGCCUAUUCUGUUCCACGACGAUUUUCUGAUUUCAAAUCCGUCUGCGUCUUCUGCGAUAUGGACAUGAAUCCACCGAACUGGUUUUAUUCUUUUGCCCAAUGCAGAUAUUGUGUCCAUUUAAAGAACACAAAAUCAAACACAAGCUCAAAGAAACAUGGAUUGGGUCUUGAUGGGGUUGGUGCCCAUGGUGGAAGUGCAGACCCGCCACGGAUACAACCUCCGUAUUACCCGCCGUGGGUACAACUCCUACCCUCAGGUGAUGCCUUGGGACAAGGUGCAGAAAGUGGCGUCAGUGAAAACUUGGCAGUCGGCGCCCGCAUGAAGGAGAGAGAGCAAGAGGAAGACCGAUGCAAGGGAGGUGCCUCAGGAGAGAUAGACGACGUCUGUCGUGCAUUGGGUGGCACUAACCGCACUCCGGGCGGCGCCUAUGUAUUGUCAGACAGCUCCCUAGGCGCAAUCCAGGCCUCCCUUUACAAGGCCAAUGUUGGAAACGCUACCCAAGUUGCUGAGUUUCUUCCUCCAGACCAUGGUGGUAACUUGGGGUGA